AUGCCAAGGCCCGCCGGUCACAUAACCCAUCCAUCCAUCCACCCUCUUGGCUGUGUUUCCUGCCGGGACUGGGAUGUCCAUCGCAGUAACUUAGGUUUACGAAAGAAGAUGAAGUCAUCAGACAGACUCGCGCUGCUCUUAGCAGCAGCAGCAGCAGCAGCAGGUCCGGCGGCAGCCUUUACAAACACCAAAGUCGACUUUUUCAUGCGCAAGAACAUCGAUCCCAUCGUCAUCCCGGGCCAGUACAAGAGCCACAUGCACAGCUUCUUCGGCAGCGACGCGGUGAGGGUGAACAUGAGCUCGACGGCCGAGUUGCAAAAGGGGUGUUCUACGGCGCAGAACCCGAAUGAUUUUUCUGUAUAUUGGAUCCCCACGCUCUACCGCGUCCAAGGCGAAACCCGAACGCCCAUCGAACCGGUCUCGUUCGUAGCCUACUACAACUUCGACAAGGACCCGGCCGAGGUGCCCAUCCCGCCCAACUUCUCCGUCGUGGCGGGCAACUCCAAGGCCUCGACGGAAGCGGACCUGGUCCCCGGGUCCGACGUGACGUGGCUCUGCCAGAACCAAGCCUUCGACGCAGGCGGGAAAGAACAUUCCCAGUUCCCGCAGAACACGUGCUCGACUUCUCUACAGGCGGUCCUGUGGUUCCCGGACUGCGUUGACGAAACCACCCUCAAAUCUGCCUACUCUGAUAGGAAGACGGGGGCGUGCGCGGGUGGGAUGAAGAGGAUGCCGCAGCUGCGAUUCAGUAUACGCUACGAUACCAAGGAGGCGAUCCCCGGAGGCUGGAAGGGCGGGGACCCGCCGAUCGAGCUCGCGUGCGGCGGGAGCCGGUGUUUCCACGGGGACUUUGUGAAUGGGUGGCUCGAGGAGGCGGCCAGGACCAUGGUUACCGGGUUGAAGAGUAAGAGGGAGUUUGAGGCGGUGGAUGGGCCGAAUGGGAAGGCUAGGGCGGGGAGUGUUUGUAAGAGGAAGGCGACGGACGCGGAUCCGGGGAAUGGGACUGGGGAUUGGGCGGAGAGUGUGAAGAUGAUGGGGGCUGGGAAGAGGAGGAGGAGGAGGACUGGGCCGAUGAAUGGAUGGCCGGGUUCCUGGUGGUGGAUAUGUCGCAACUUUGGAAUGGGCUGCGAUGCUACUUUCAUUCAUCGGAGUAGCAAGAUGAGUACUGGAAGAGUUCUCACUAUCAAAAUACCUGACCAAAGAUCAAUAUCAAUUUCGAGAUGUCUACCUCAUGAGAAGUCUCUCCCCAAAGUUGAUGGACGAAUAAACAGAGACCGGACUUCAUUGCCGGCUUCCACAUGCAGACUUCUACCCAUUGCACUGAACUGUCACAUGGCUAUGAUCUACUUGAUCAAGCCGUUGUCCUACCAGACCGCGGAGUAUAGUCGGAGGAUGAGAAGAAGCUUCGAGGACUACCAUACAAAAGACAACAGAUACCGAAAUAAGGUCAUCUCCCAUGUUACGGCAGACUACGGCUCAAAAAGACAAUAUAAGGUAGGCACGCUUGAUAUCAAGCCUCAACUCAAUGCCCAUGGCGCCGCUCGUCACAAGCCGCAGCAAGCAAGCCAAAGCCAGCCUGACCUCCCCUACGUCUACCGGUAUCCCACAGCGUGA